AUGGGAAGAGGGAAGGACUAGAGGAGGUAGUGCUUCGGCUCUUGGAUUUCUGACUGACAAUUCGUGGCCGUUACUUGGCAGCCUAGCAGGAAUCCGCAGGAGGAGACGAGAAAAAGAGAGGAAGGAAAGCGUGUGUGUGUGUGACUGGAUAGGCGCUGCAUGGGAAGCUUUUUAUAAUCAUUUUAAAAAACCGGAGCAUUAUUCACCGCUUUUAUUUAUUCCUUCAUCUUCAUUGUAACGUUGGUCAAAAACCCAAGUCUUAUUGUAACGAAGAAAUAGGCUGUACAUUCUGAAGGCAUCUCAUCAUUUUUUGAAGAAAAAGGACAAACCGCUUUAUUCUCGUUUAAAAAUAUAUUUAUACUGUAAGGCACUCCAAUCGGGACUGGCUUGUCGAGGAUGUGGUGUAUGAUUUGUUUGUCUUAAAAUUGUAUUAGCUAAACUGCCGUUCAAGAAAGAAGUGAGGAUAAUUAGCUGGUCAGUUUCAUUGGAAUUUAUCGCUUACUUUCAAAUACCAGGGUACACAGCAGAAGAAGAAGGAGCAUUUUUUUUCUCCCGUUGCGCCAAAUCUCGUAGGCUGUUAUAUUCUUGUCUUGUCUAAAAUGAUGUAGCUACUUACAUUCUUGCCUAACCAGCAUUUGCUUUAAUGAAAUAACCAAAUUUAAAGGAAUGUACUGAUUUUUUUUUUUUUUUUUUUUUUUUUUUUUUUUUUGGAAACGUUUAAUGAUAUGGAUGUGUCAAUUUCGGACAGCCGAAGCAGCACUUAAAAAUAUAUAUUUUUCCAUUGGUAAGGAGGAAGGCGACAUCGAAGUUACGACUGCAAAAAGUAGAACUGAGUUAUAUUUUUGGUUCUUACUGGGUUUGCAAAAAUGGAGAACGAAGUCUUUUCUCCAUUGCUUGAGCAGUUUAUGCGCACCCCAUUAGUGACUUGGGUGAAGACUUUUGGGGCGUUGGGUGGAAAAGAUGGUGGAAAACUUGCAGAAUACAUUGACUUAGUGGAUGGUAUCUACUUAAAUGAGAUCAUGCUUCAGAUUAAUCCUAAAGAAACUGUCCAAAGAACAAACAAGAAGGUCAACAAUGAUGUUACACUCAGGAUACAAAAUCUAUCCAUUUUGGUACGGCAGAUCAAAUCAUAUUACCAGGAGACUUUACAGCAGUUAAUCGUGAUGCCCCUUCCAGAUGUCCUGGUGUUGGGUAGAAAUCCUCUCUCUGAACAAGGUCUGGAUGAAAUGAAGAAAUUCCUGUUGCUUUUGCUUGGUUGUGCAGUUCAGUGUGAGAAAAAAGAAGAAUUCAUUGAGAAAAUCCAGACCUUAGAUUUUGACACAAAAGCAGCAAUUGCAUCCCACAUUCAAGAGGUGACUCACAAUCAGGAGAAUGUGUUUGACCUACAGUGGAUGGACGUUGCUGAUUUGUCCCAGGAAGACCUUGACUCUCUGUCCAGGAACAUGGCAUUACAUUUAAAACGAAUUGUUGAUGAGAGGGAUGAAUAUUCUGAGACAAUUAUAGAACUUUCCCAGGAACGAGAAUGUGGCCAUUUUUCAGCCCACGCACCAACACCGCAGUCACCCAAUGGAUCACCAAGCAUGCGUCGCACAGAAAGCAGACAACACUUGUCAGUGGAGCUGGCAGACGCCAAGGCAAAAAUAAGAAGGCUUAGGCAAGAACUGGAAGAGAAGAAUGAGCAGCUGCUAGACUGUAGGCAAGAGCUGGAGCACAUGGAGACAGAGCUGCAGAGGAUUCAGCAAGAGAGUAUUCUGCUGCUGGCAGAUGCCCGUUCAGCCAGAGCAUAUCGUGAUGAGCUGGAUGCUCUCAGAGAAAAAGCAAUGAGAGUUGACAAGCUUGAAAGUGAAGUCAGCCGGUACAAAGAAAGACUGCAUGACAUUGAAUUUUACAAAGCCAGAGUUGAGGAAUUAAAGGAAGAUAACCAGGUUCUAUUGGAAACAAAGACCAUGCUGGAGGAUCAACUGGAAGGAUCUCGAUCCCGUUCUGACAAACUGCAUGAGUUAGAAAAAGAAAAUCUACAAAUAAAGGCCAAAAUGCAUGACUUAGAGAUGGAUCGUGAUAUUGAUAGAAAGAGAAUCAAGGAUCUGUUAGAAGAAAACCUGACACUGGAAAUGGCUCAGAAACAGAGUAUGGAUGAAUCAUUGCAUCUUGGCUGGGAAUUAGAGCAGCUUUCCAAGACCACUGAGCACUCAGAAGUGCCUCAAAAAUCAUUGGGUCAUGAAGUUAAUGAAUUGACUUCAAGCCGACUGCUUAAGCUGGAAAUGGAAAAUCAGAGUCUUUUAAAAACUGUUGAAAAACUUAGAACCGCAACGGAUCCUUCAGAAGACAGUAACUCGAGAGUCCUGAAAAUGGAGAAAGAAAAUCAGAGAUUAAGCAAAACGUUGAAAAAGCUUGAGAAUGAAAUGAGCAUUGAGAAGCAAAGCCUGACAAAUGUAGAAAAUCUGAGCAAUGAUCUGAUGAAAGAGAAAACUGAACUUGAAAAGACUAUUGAGACCCUUCGAGAAAACUCUGAAAGACAGGUGAAAGUAUUGGAGCAAGAGAAUGAGCACUUAAAUCAAACCAUAUCCUCCCUAAGGCAGCGUUCCCAAAUAAGUGCAGAGGCAAGAGUAAAGGACAUUGAAAAAGAGAACAAAAUUCUGCAUGAGUCAAUUAAAGAGACUAGCAGCAAGCUAAACAAGAUGGACUUUGAAAGGAAACAGCUUCGAAAGGAGCUUGAACAUUACAAAGAAAAGGGAGAAAGGGCUGAGGAGCUGGAGAAAGAGGUGCAUCGUCUAGAGAGGGAAAAUGAACAGCUUCAGAAAAAAAUUACAGGCCUAACUAUCACCUGCGAUAAAGUGGAGGCACUGGAGCAAGAAAAUUUACAUUUAGAGGUUGAGAACAGAAAGCUAAAGAAGAAACUGGACAACUUGAACAAUCUCAUCUUUCAGUUAGAGACGCUGGAAAAAGAAAACACACAGCUUGACGAAGAAAAUGUGGAGCUAAGAAGAACAGUAGAUUCAUUAAAGUCGUCCUGCAUUAAGGUGGCACAGCUGGAACUAGAAAACAAAGAACUGGAAAAUGAAAAGUGGCAGUUGAAGAAAAGCCUGGAUCUGAUGAAAGCAUCUUCUAAGAAAACAGAACGCUUGGAGGUCAGCUGUCAAGGGCUCGAUACAGAAAACCAAAGGCUCCAAAAGGCACUGGAGAACAGCAACAAAAAGAUCCAGCAGCUUGAAAGUGAACUCCAGGAUGUGGAGACUGAAAACCAAAGCUUGCAAAAAAACCUGGAGGAGCUCAAAAUUUCUAGCAAACGCUUAGAGCAGUUAGAAAAAGAGAAUAAGAUACUGGAGCAAGAAACUUUGCAGCUGGAAAAAGACAAAAAACAACUGGAGAAAGACAACAAGAGGCUUCGACAGCAGGCUGAGAUCAGAGACGUCACGCUUGAUGAAAACAACAUGAGAAUUAUCAACCUGGAGAAAGAUAAUAAGUCGCUCACCAAAGAAGUGAAUGUUUUCAAAGACUCCUGCGGACGAGUCAAAGACCUUGAAAAGGAAAACAAAGAGCUCGUUAAACAGGCCACAAUAGAUAAAAAGACCCUAUUAACCUUACGAGAGGAGCUGGUGAGUGAGAAACUGAAGACUCAACAAAUGAAUAAUGAUCUUGAAAAACUGACACAUGAGCUGGAAAAACUAGGAUUAAACAAAGAGAGACUCUUAGAUGAUGAACAAAGUACAGAAAACAGUAGGUAUAAGCUGCUGGAGUCUAAACUUGAGUCCACAUUGAAAAAGUCUCUUGAAAUAAAAGAAGAAAAGAUUGCUGCCCUUGAAGCUCGCUUGCAGGAGUCUUCAAACCUGAACCAGCAGCUUCGUCAGGAACUCAAAACCGUUAAAAAGAACUAUGAAGCACUUAAGCAGAGAGAGGAAGAGGAACGUACGAUGCAGAGCUCUCCACCCAGAGCGGGUGAAGAAACCCACACUGUCAGUAAAUGGGAGAAGGAGAGUCAUGAAACUACUCGGGAGCUUCUAAAGGUCAAAGACAGGCUAAUUGAGGUGGAAAGGAAUAAUGCUACACUCCAGGCGGAGAAACAGGCCCUGCGGACACAGCUAAAACAGUUGGAGAGCCAGAGUGAUAAUCUACAGGCGCAGAUCCUAGCACUCCAGAGACAAACAGCCACUUUGCAAGAGCAUAAUACUGCAUUACAGACACAGAAUGCUAAACUGCAGGUAGAGAAUUCAACUCUAAACUCAAAAAGUGCAUCACUGAUGACCCAGAACUCACAGCUUCAGUUUCAGUACUCCACCAUUGAAAAUGAUAAUGAAUCCCUAAUGAAGAAAAAACAAGAGCUAAAAUCCAUGUAUGACUUGCUGGUAAAAGAUCACGAGAAACUAGAGGCCCUGCAUGAACACCAGGCAGCAGAGUAUGAAUGUCUCAUCAAUAAACAUGGCAGCCUUAAAUCGGUCCACAAAAACCUAGAAAUGGAGCACAAGGACCUUGAGGACAGGUACAAUCAGCUUCUGAAGCAGAAGGCCCAGUUGGAAGACCUUGAGAAAGUCUUGAAAGCAGAGCAGGAGAAAAUGCUCUUAGAAAAGAAAAACCAUGAAACUACAGCUGCAGAGUAUCAGAAGCUGCGUGAAGAAAAUGACAAGCUGAAUCAAACACACUGCCAAUUACUGAAAGAGAAUGAAGGACUGCAGGCUGACCACAAGAAUAUCAAAAGUUUACUGAAUAGUGCAACGCUUGAGCAAACUCGACUGGAAGCCGAAUUUUCCAAGUUAAAGGAACAGUAUCAGCAGCUAGAUAUUACAUACACUAAACUGAACAAUCAGUGUGAGUUGCUGAGUCAGCUAAAGGGGAAUCUGGAAGAAGAAAACAGACAUCUAUUAGAUCAAAUCCAGACCCUGAUGCUGCAGAAUAGAACCCUGCUGGAUCAAACUAUGGAAAGCAAGGAUCUGUUCAUUGUAGAACAGAGACAGUACAUAGACAAGCUAAACGAGCUCAGGAGGCAGAAAGAGAAGCUGGAAGAGAAGAUCAUGGACCAGUACAAAUUUCAUGACCCUUCUCCCCCAAGGAGAAGGGGUAACUGGAUCACCCUGAAGAUGAAAAAAUUGAUAAAACCCAAAAACCGUGAACGUAUUAAGUCUCUGACCCUCACACCGUCACAGUCUGAAUCAAGUGACGGAUUCCUGAACUUACCCCAGCAAGACAGUCAGGAUAGCUCCUCAGUGGGAUCUGGCUCCAAUUCCCUUGAUGACAGCCUGUCUUUUGGGAAUAAGAAGAGCAACAUGGCUGCACUGAAAAGGCUGCCGUUUAUGAGGAACAGACCCAAGGAAAAAGACAAAAUGAAGGCCAUCUACCGUCGUUCCAUGUCCAUGAAUGACCUGUUGCAAACCAUGGUCCAGGCAGGAGGACAGUGGACAGAUAGUUCUGAGAAUCUGGAUGAGCCUGAUGAUGCUGCUGCCAGGCUGAGGAGGAAGGAACUGGGAGCUAUGGCCUACUCCACAACAGCAAUCAACUAUGCUACACUGAACCCUUCUGCUGGCCUCAGAUCCAAGCACAGGCAUAAGUCGAAAGAUAAUGCAUCUUGUGAAGAUGUUGCUCCUCAGGUCACAGAUGAAUCUAGUAAUGGUUUAAGAAUUCAUGGGAUGCAGGAUAUUAGCUGUACAGAUGCUAUUGCUCCUGCUGUCCUUGGCACUUCUACAAUGUGUAAAAUUCCUUGUCACAUCUGUUCUUCCAGACCAGCCAGCUUUGAUAGUUGCAAGACAACCAGCAGUAACAGCAAUAACAAUGCUUCGCCUAAUGAUGCUAAAGCAAGUGCGCUAAAUGGCAGCCGCACCAGGCCACAUAGUCAAAGCAGUAGUGAAUUUAGUCUGAGCCUUGAUAAUGAAGUGUGGUCAAGCAGCAGCAGUCCUGUCCAGCAGACUGGUCAGCUUCCUCAAAGAUCUUCAAGACAGAGUCCUUUGCUCAUUGGGAAAACAUUGGACAUUCCGUGUCAGCAGAAAAAGAAAAAGGCUUCCUCUGGACAUGAGAUUGUCUCUUUGCAACAGUUUUUGGAAGAGAACAGCGUGCAUUCACCAACAAAUUCUGGUAGCCAAGAGAACCUUGUGGAUGAGACCAUGAGGCAGGGCAGUGAUUCUUCAGAGCCAGCAGGAAGAGAGAAACCACACAGGAACACCUCUCGCAGCCGGGGAAUUUUGAGAUCAUUGAGCGGCAGAACCACGGUGGAUUCCUCAGAUGGCAGACCUCCCAAACCUGGACAGAUUGGCAGACCUAGCCUUAGGAAGACAGAAAGCACACGUAUUAAAAGCACAACAGCUAGACCUACACUAAGUGCUCAGGGAAAAGCCACAUCUCUUGCUGAAAAGUUAGAUACUGUGCAGCAGCAACCGACACAGAGAGAUUGCAGCACUUUGUCUACCUUACCCCGUGCCAGCAGUGUGAUCUCAACGGCUGAAGGCUCCACCAGGAGAACAAGCAUUCACGACUUUAUGUCCAAAGACACAAGACAACCAGUAUCUGUUGAUCCUUCCCCAGUUAAGGCUAAUAGAAGCAACCAACAAGCAACCAAUGUGGAAAGUUUACAAGAUCGCAGAAAAUCAAAAAGCAGAUCUGGGGAGCAACAUAGCUCCUAAACGUAGCCACCUACCACCGACAAAGUGGGCUAAGUGAGAGAAAAGUGACCUUCAAGCUGUCAUUUUGAAGCCUUUAGUUCUGGUCUACUGAGACUCUCAUGACUGAGAAAUGAGUGUGUAAAGCUAACCAUUCUUUUAAGAACCCUUCGUCAGUAGAAAAUGUUAGAGACACCAUAACUUUCCUUGAAUCAAGGAGCAAUGUUGGACUCCAUUAAAAAAGUAAUGAGAUGCAUUUAUUUUGGACUGAAGAACUUUAAGGCAAGUUGCACUGCUACCUGGCUUUUAGAAAACACUAAUGUACAUUUUAAGGACCAAUAUUCUGUUACGGUGCCAAGUUCAACUCCUGAGGAAGAAACCAUUUUAAACUUUUCAUGGACCCUGAAGAAUCGGUCAUAUUUUAUGUCUAACAUUUGCUUUUAAAUAGCCAGACUGUUUAACGGUUUAUAUUAGCUUUCUUGUAAAUGUAAAGCAUGUAGACACUAGCAAUGUUGUUGUUAAAGACCUACACAAACUUAUUGGCAUGUGGGCGUUGACCACGAUCUGCAUGUAGCAAUCAAGAUGACAACGCUAUGCUAUGAAUCAUAUUAUCAUAUUUCUUUGCAAGACACAUACCAAAAUAACACUAUACUAAUAAAAAAAAUACCAAUGCUUUGCUUCAGUUGGUUGUAUGUGAUGAAAUGUAUGAAGUGUUUGAACAUCUGGAAAGAAUCUUAUGUAAAGGUAAUUUCCCAAUAGAAGAACCAGUGGUAUUCCCUAUCUAGAAAAGCAUUUUAGUUUUAAUGAUUGGUUAUGUAUAGUUCAUUUCCUUUUUUGCAUUUUUAUAUAAAGGCAUUUGAUGUAGGUAA